CUAUUGGUUCUCUGUGCAAUUAUAAUUGCAAUUCUAUCGUAUACGAUAGAAUGGAUCAAUUACAGAAAAGUAACAACAAAGUGUACUGUCACCAAUGUUCAUGGUCAUUUGGUAUUUUGAGACUCGCUAACAACAAUACUUCCCACCCUCAGCUCGACGCGUCAUUCAUUACGAUCCAGGAGGUAGAUUUCAAGACCAAUGAGGACUACGCCAAGAUUUUCAUCACUUUGCGCAAUGGAACGGGACACCUACGCGGCAACACUAUGGUAGAUAUAGACGCACUAAUUUACCAAAACGUUUCCGAUGGCGUGUUGGUGCGCAUGGAACUGGGUUCCAAGAUAGGCUCGGACUAUGUCCCAAUGCUCGAUUCCAGAGUGGACUUGUGCGGCUUGAACAGCUUAUCAACCGAUGAUUUACUGAUGGAUAUGAUGGUUACCGAGAUGGGAAAGCAUGGCAAUAUGAGCAUCAGCUGUCCCUUUUAUUCGGGUAAUUACGUGGUUCGUAACUUCCACAUCGACACGGAAAAUAUGCUGAUAAAACUUGCGCCGCCUGGAAAGUACCACGUGGCCAUCGAUGUCAAACACAAAAUGAAGGAAAGAGCGAUUGCGAUCCCCAUUUUUGACAUUGAAUUUUUUGCUACCAUAGUUUCGGAUUUGAAUUAUUAA